AUGGAGGUGCUCCGCGCAAUACUGGCGUGCAUCUUCCGCCGCCGAUGGAGGAACGAGCAAGGGUGCGGAGAGGUCCUCUACGACGACAAGAUGGCAGCCCUGUACUCGGACAGUGAGCCGUACAACACGCCACGCGACGUCAUGAGCUACUACUUCAACGACGCCGAUGACCACGACGGUGACGGCACCGCGGCCACGCUCCCGGUCACACACGCAGACAAAGCCCGCGACACGGCGAUCCCGGCGGCGGACACACGCACGGUGGAGGAGAUCGCGCGGGAGGUGGCGCGGCUGCUGUGGCAGGCCGAGUGGAACGACGACGCGCUGCAGGGGCGCAUAUCGGAGGCGGUGGGCGAGCGGCGGUGGAACCGGCGGAUGGUGGAGGCGUGCCUGGACCGGGUGAUCGAGUACGUCGAGCGGGGGCGGGGGGCGGGGAUGGGGGCGGCCAUGAGCGCGGCGCUGGACCAGGCGACCGACGUCGCGGACGACGAGUUCGCGUUCCCGCGGCGGCAUCCGCCCUCGCUCGACGGCUUCAUCGCCAUCGUCUCGGUCGGCGUGCUCGCGGAUCUGCUGGGCGCCUGGGUGCUGGAGCUGCUCGGCUUCGGCGAGGUGCGCGGCAAGGAGGAGCUCGAGGGGUCGGGCGAGAUCGCCAUGCUCACGUCGGACAAGAUCGUCUUCUCGGCGACGCCCAAACCGGGUUCGGUGGCGGCGUGGUGGGUGAGAGAGUACGGGGCGUACAUCCCCAGCGGCUCGAUCUAUUCGUACCUGCAGAGGAUGGACAUGGUCGAGGUUGGGGAGUGA